AUGGAUACAAGAAACACGAUGAUUGGUGUGUGUGCAGUAUGGACAUUAUUGUUUUCGGUACAUAUAGAUGUGUGUUCCGCCGCCCGAUCUGGAGGCUCCUCCAGUAGAACAGGGUCCGUUCUCACGGAUUCUGAAUCAGCGGGAUUUGUUGGAGGUCCAGACACCAGCAGUCCUUCGUUCAUAAUCUUUAUGAUGAUAUUUGCGAUGUGUGUCCUCGCCGUUGGCAUCUUCCUCAUCAUCAUGUGUUGUAAGAUCAGACGAUAUUGCUGUUAUAAACACUCUACCUUAUCAGGAUCCCACAAUAAACAAAACAUCGACUCUCAGAAAGGCUCGUCCAGCUGGAGUACAGAGCCUGAUCCGUCUACGAAGAAACCAGAUUUACCUCCGUCAUCAAAUGAAGACACAAAAAUGGCAUUUCCAUCUAUUCUUAAAAAAGAAAAAGAGAACAAACCACAGGAAAAAUCCUUCCACUUCACAGAGUCUGUUGACCCACUGCCUCCAAUACUUACUCUCCCAUAUCCUGCUUCUACAGGAAGUAAUUAUUUCAAUCCAUCACCGGAACCGGAACUGAGCGACAGCUAUUCGGAAUCAGACACAGAGUCGGCAAUUGAAGUAGACUAG